AUGCUUCCGCCGCCGCUUCCUCGCAGCGAUUCCUUCAAUCGAGGCCGCUCUCGUGCAUCUCCAUCCGUCUCUCGCCACAAGAACCGCCUCUCCCUUACUCUUCCCGUUGCCCUGCAGCUUGCAGAUGACCCCAGGCUGGCCGACUCACCGGCCAUAAUGACUGCGUCAGCAUUGGCUUCGUCUGUUCCUCAAACGCCACUGGAGACUCCUGCCAGUGUCGCGACUUCUCCAUCUAAUGCAAAUGAAUUCAUAAUAGCAAUUGCAGCUCAGGAGCGGAGAGUCUUGGAGUUGAAGGAGGAACUUGCUCAGGCCGAGGUUGAGCUGGCAAAACUGAAGAAGCAGUGGGCUUCAGAGGAGGUCUACCGCAAGAGGAGUGAUAGCCAGAGAGCUGAACUCUUUGGAAGCUCCCAGGGCAGCAUUGACGACGAUGCCUUGGUGGCGUCACGACGCAGCGUCGAAUUGGAUCGCCGGAAGCAAAUCCUUCACGGCCAAACCACUCCCGCACAGUCCCGCCGCAGGGUGAUGCGCGGCGGCCACGCCCGUACCUUGUCUCUUCUUUCCCCUGUCCGGACAGACAGCGUAUUCUCUCUCAAUGAAGUCACACAGGCAGACCCGAUCGCCCUCCCAACGGUGGAACAGAGAAUGGCCCAGCUCACCAACCCGACCCUGUCGAAACGCUCGUCCUGGCAACCACGGUCUCAGCAAAGUGUAGCAUCCGUUGUCGGCGUCCCUUCCAUCGUCGAAGACUUUAAGCUAGGAUUCCGCGCCUUUGUAGAGGAUAUUCGCCAGAUUACCGUGGGAGAUGAACCGGUCAACGGCCAGUUGCAGCGACCCUUGUCGACGUCCAUCGCCAGUGCUCGUGAGCAAGAUACGAGUAAGCCGAACCAUGAUACUACCACCUCCACUAGGACCAGCAGUAAUGAAGGUUCCAGUACGGCCACGUCGACCUCAUCCCAAGCUAACAGAACCCCCGAGCUGAAGCCAAAGACUGGGAGAGGGAAGCAAUUCUCCUGGACACCGCUUGGUUUCGACUCUGUUGACGAUACUGAUUGGUCCAACUGGGAUUCCCCCGUCUCCACCAAGUCUGCCCGCUGGAGUGGUUCUACCGUUAAUAGCAGUGGCAUUGAUGACAUUCCGGAAAAGGAGGAUGAGGAAGAUGCCAAGCCGGCGCGAAAAUCCGAUACAUUGCUUCUUUCACCAGCGCUGGAGGACCUACUUCCUAGCGUGGUUCAUCAUUUAUCCCCGAGCAACCUUAAGAGGACGGCCAACAAUCUGAUGGACGAGUGGGAAAAGUCACUGGUGGCUCCUGAGUCUCGACACAAGGAGACCACUGUAUAGAGCAGGACUCACGACACUUUCCCUUUUCUUAACUUUUUUUUUCCAAUUUCUUUUUUUUCUAAACCAGCAUCAUGCGAAUGCACACACAACAAGGGUGGACAGGGAACAUAUGAUAUUUAGAGCAAUGACGUUCUCUAAAGAUGGCACUGCCAUAAAAAUGAAAUCACAGCCGCAGAGACCUGGUACAUCUUACGACAAAGUUAGUUUGGAACGAUUUGGAUGAGAUAUCGGACAAAGAUGGUACCGCAAAGUUUUAUAGAGUUUUUAAGGGAGCAUGCCUGUUUUUGUUUUUCCUGUCUUUUAAUGCUUUUUUUUUCCUGGCCGUCUUUUGUUUUUUCAACAAAGGCUGCUUACUACAUAUUCUUGACGUUAUCUUUCACUGUUGGAGCUGGAUUAUCGAGAUGACGAUGGGAAUGACAUGAUGCAUUAUGAGAGACUAAAUUGCAACCAAAUAAAAAGCAAAAAUUCCC